CGCCAUUUUCAUCAAAACAAUGCGGUUGUAGGACUUGAAUCCGAAGGGAAAACAUUAAUAUUCGUUGAAUGUCGGUGAUUGCAUCUACGGAAAUAGCAGAGGCUGAAUUUAAACGCCAAAGAUCAGGUUUUUGAUUGUUAGAUGAUCAUCAGAAAUUGUCGUUAGAAGUUAAAAAGUCGAAAUGUCGGGACUCGAGUCGAAUGAGGUCGAAGACGCCGAUAAUCCAGACAUCGAGCCUAGGCUCACCACAGACGAAAACAUCGAGGCACCGAUCAAACCAGUUCUGAGGGAAGUGAAUGGGGUGGAGAUGAAUGGGAGUGGUGAGGAUCAAGAUGAUCCUGACGGCAUGGCUGUCCCCCCAGAACCAGACAAAGAAAUAGAUGCCACGAUUCCAGAGGAGCCCACAUCACCGCAGAUGAACCUUCUUGUGACUAAUGUAGUAUCACAUGCCAUCCCUGUUGAAGAAUCUCCACUCACUGAAGCGCCUCAGGAGUCUGGUCAGGAGGACAGGGUACAGGAUGCUGGGGUACAGGAUGCUGCGGUACAGGAUGCUGGGGUGCAGGAUGCUGGUCUGAAUGAAGUCCAAGAAGAGGAGGUAACUCAGCCUGAAGAAAUUCCUGCGGAGAAUGACAGUCAGCCAUCACAGGAUAAUUCAACAUGUGUUCAGGAUUUAGAUUCUCUAAGUGAUACACAGAAAGAGUCCAGUGAUUCUGUAGAACCACCAAAAGCAACAGAGACUGUUCUAGAUAUUUCCUCAGAGGCAGAGACGGAAACAAACCCAGUUGUAAAUGAAUCCGAGGAAGCACAAACAGAGGAUACAGAAAGCAUAGAACAAGAACAUGAGGUGGGGCCAGAAUCCCCGAGUUUAGAACCUAAAGUUAGUGUGGAAACGGAACCCAGUAGUUCAGAAGUUUCGGAGUCUGUGCUGGACUCUGAUUCUCAUGGCGGUGGAGUGGGAGAGUUGACCAUCACUUCAGUAGGCACCUUCCAUGGAGACAUCACAGAUGAAGGUGCUAUAGAGGCGAUGGAAACCGAUCAUAAUGAUGAUGCUAUCUUAUGCAGUUCUAAUGCUCAAUCUGUAGAGAAAGAGGCUGAAAGCAUGGAGGUAUCAGAAAGUGAAGACCGGCUGUUGAAACCGGUUGAAGGGGUUGUGAGUGAAGAUGUGGAAGAGAUGGAUGAAGACAAUCUGUUGAGGGAAAAAGAGCCUGAAAAAGAGGAGGAGGAGGUGACAGAGGUCAAAGGUCAGGAGGUUGUGGAGGAGAAGUCUGGAGAGAGUUCACAGGAUGGGGAUGUGAAUGAGGAGUUGCCUUCUAAAGACUUGACAGACAUUGCUCCCACACACGAGGUUGUGACAGAGGCUGGUGAAGGGAGCAGUGAUACUUCUGAAGUGACAAAAACAGAAAAUGCUGAUAAUUCGGCAGAUUCUGAUGCAAUAGAGACUGUUGUUGAAUCCAAAACACCUGUAGAAGCACCUGCAGAAAAUGAAGAGGUGCUUGAUGCAGAACAAGGAACAGAAGUGGAAACUCCUGAGGAGAAAAAUGAAGACACAGAAGAAAAGACUUCAGCUGAGGAUGUGACAGGGGAGGCAACCAGGGACGCAGAUGAAAGCAAAGAAAAGAAAACCAGUCCGCCAGCGGAUGAGGAUGUUGUCAUGAUUGAUGAUAAAGAGGAUGCCAAAAAACCCAAAGAAGAAGAGAAGAAAGAGGAUGAUGAUGAUUCUGAUGACAUAGCCAUUGUAGGAGUUAGUCCUGCCACCAAGAAGCAGCCCUCUGUACCCUCUGGAAGUGGACUACAGAUAUCAUCUGUCAGUGGUGGAACUGAUAUCUCAGACGUCCUUAACAAAGACAAGCAGCAAAAGACUGAGGUUCCAAGACAACCAACAAAGUCAGAAGUCAAUAAAGAGGCAAAGAAAUCUCCCGCCACUACAUCAGCUAAACCACCAAGCAAAGUUCAGACUUGCAUUGUUUGUAGUAAGAUUGGCAAAUGUAAGUAUAACAUCGUGCGCAAUGGAGAUGUCAAGCACCUGUGUGAUGACACUUGCUUCCAAAAAUUCCGUUCCAACCCCACCCAAUACCUCAGGGCAUCCGGCACAGCCAACUCCUCCAACUCAACCCCUAAGCAAGCCCGCACAGAGUCAAAGAAACCCCCUACCAACAACUCCGGUCAGGAACAAUUCAAAACCUGCUCAGUGUGUCAAUUGAUGAACAUUAAAACCUCCAAGCCAUUCCUGAACUGGCAGGGUAUGGACUUCUGUGGGGAGGAUUGUCUGGGGAAGUUCCAGGGAUCCCUCAACGCGGCCUGUACUAACUGUGCCAGUAUGGUAGCAGCCAGCGCCAAGGGGAAGUUCUGUCUGAGGUAUGGUAACAUAGUGAAGCAGUUUUGCUGUAACAACUGCUACAUUGAGUUCAAGAGGAGGCAGAAGCUGUGUGAAUGCUGUCAGAAGGAUAUAUCCAAAUCUGUUGAUGCGUUUGUUGCGCCUGUUGGAAAAGAAGGAACCUUUAAAGACUUCUGCAGUCAGUCUUGUUUACAGAAGUACGAGGACAAAACAAAUUGUGAUGUAGAAAUAGUUGGGGUGGAGCGGGCACAGAAGUCAAAGACUCUCCCAAAGGGAGAGUUCCCAUGUUCAGUUUGUAAGAAGCAUUCGACUGUGAAGCACGAGAUCUUGUUGGACGGUAAAACUCACCAACUCUGUAGCGACCCAUGCCUCUCGGCCUUCCAGUACGCCAAUAAACUGACACUAAGCUCCUGUGAUAAUUGUGGUACAUACUGCUUCUCUGACGGAGCGCCCCAGUUUAUCCAGUUCGAGGGACAACAGAAACGAUUCUGUAGUUUUGUAUGUGUCAACAAAUUCAAGUCAGAGAAAAAGAAAAUAGUGGCAUGUGCUUGGUGUAACUCUAAGAAAGGCAACUUUGACAUGAUUGAAAGGGUAGAUGCAAACAACAAAUACCAGCUGUUUUGUUCAUUGAACUGCUUGUCUCUGUAUCGGGUCAACCUUCAGGCGACCUCUAACCAGGCAGUAGUGUGUGAUCACUGUCGGAAGUUUGUCCCCGCGCAGUAUCAUCUGACUAUGAGUGAUGCAUCAGUUCGAAACUUCUGUUCAUACCAGUGUGUGAUGGCCUUUCAAUCGCAGUUUGCUGCAUCAUCAAAUAAAACAUCGGCCCCUGUCAAUCAAACUCAGCAGCCACCUGUAAAACCACCCCAGCAACCUGUAAAGCAACCUCCGCAACAUGUCAAACAGCCACAGCAACCUCACAAACCAGUGCAACAGGUGAAGAAUGCUCCAGUCACAAGGAAUGCAACCAGAGCUCCACCCUCAAAGCAGCCCCCUGCAUCCAAGCAGUUAUCUCAAAGAGCGAGUCAGGCCCCAGGGUCCAGCCCAGUCAUCUCUAACAUUGUAUCCCUGGCCCCCAAAGCAAGCCAGCAGGGAGGUCUGAAGUCGGUGUCUACUACAGCACCCUCUAACCAAGUCCAAACAAAGACAUCCCAGGUCCAGAUUCAACAACAGAUUGUGAUACAGCCUUCCUAUCCAAAGUCCAUGAAGAACAAGUCCAUCAUGUGUAAACCCUUCCUCCAGACUAAAGCCACCUCCUGCAAACCUCACACGCAGACCCUCGGAAUUCAAACAGAGAAGGUUGAGCCAGAAAAGGUGAUUAUCCCGGUGCCCAUCCCAUUCUACGUCCCGGUGCCGAUGUCCAUGUAUACCCAGCCCACACCAGUACCCUUUCCUGUUCCUGUCCCCAUCCCGAUUCCGUGCUUCAUUCCGACCACCAAAAAAUCGGCCGACGGAAUUCUAAAGCAUAUCAAGGAAAUACGAGAAAAAAUUCCCAAUGAUCCUCUGGAGGCAGAGCUCCUUAUGAUGGCUGAAGCUGUUGCUGGUGUUGGCAAUGAGUCCGACUCAGAUUCUGAAAAGGAAGCGGAGCCAGAGUCCAAAAAAAAAACUAAUUGCAAAUCGCCAACUCCUACUCCCCACUCCACAGGGCCCGAUGCGACAGAAACGACGAUAUCGACAACAACGACAAUGGCGUCAACAGCGAAGGCGGAGAGUAAUGGGGACCUGGGAGAAGACAUGCUUCAGAUGGCACUGAGAAUGGCGUCAGAAAUGACCGAACCAGUCAUGGAUUUGGAGAGUUCUAUUGAGCCAGUGCCUGUUAACACAGAGCCUCCUCCACCUCCACCUGCAAAACCUCCCCCAGAAGAAUCCACCACACAAGAUGAAGAUGAUGAAGUUUACAUUCCAAGGGAGACCAGAUCUGGGCGAGGCUCCACCAAACGAUCCUCGAGAGGGGGUGGAAACAAGCGACGCCACAAACGUCAAAAGGUCAACCACCACCAGCCGCCAGAACCACCCAUGGAGGAGUCGACUCCUGAACCCUCAGAACCAGAGGUCCCAGAACCCGCCCCUGAUGCGAACAUGCACCUUAAAUUUACCUAUGGGGUAAAUGCCUGGAAGCAUUGGGUCAUUCAGAAGAAUGCACAGCUGGAGAAGGUGUCCAAGCAGGGUUCAGGGAAGCUCAAGAUGUUCAAGACUGACAUGAUGGGCUGUACUGCUGAUGAACUGAACUAUUCUCUGUGUCUCUUUGUGAAGGAGGUCAGGAAGCCUAAUGGGGAGGAGUACGCCCCAGACAGUAUAUUCUACCUGUGCUUAGGGAUUCAGCAGUACCUGUUUGAGAAUGGCAGGAUAGACAACAUCUUCACGGACAUGUACUAUGAAAAGUUUACAGAGUGUCUGAACGAGCUCCUCAUUCCCUACCAACCCAAAGUCAACUCUGCUGGUCAGUUGGUUUGCCGGAUUGAGGAGGAGCACCUGUGGGAGUCUAAACAGCUGGGCGCCCACUCCCCCCACGUCCUGCUGAACACCCUGGUGUACUUUAACACCAAGUACUUCAUGCUCCACUCAGCCGAGGACCAUCUGAAGCUCUCCUUCACACACAUCAUGAAGCACUGGAAGAAGUCCCCGCCAGGGAAAGGCAACUCUGCCGGCCGGAGUGUGUUCCUCCGUUACUACUGUCCCACACCCCUCAAAACAUCCAGUGAUUCUCAGAAGAACAAGAAGAAAGAGGAACUGCCCAUUUAUGAACAAGCAGAGAAUGUAGAUAACCCCCUAAGGUGUCCAGUCAAGCUGUACGAGUUCUACCUCUCUAAGUGGCCUAGUGAUUAUAGAAAAUAUUACAGCCCAGAGAGCAUCAAGAAUCGCAGCGAUGCAUUCUACCUGGUCCCCGAGAGAUCCUGUGUGCCUGAUAGCCCUGUGUGGUACUCGACUCAGAAUCUGUCAACAGAGGCCAUGAACAAAAUGUUACACCGAAUCCGAUUGGUGCGAGAAAUUCAGGAGGCCAAAUACCACACUCAGCCUGUAUAUGCUACCAUGUGAUGAUUAAACGGAGACUUAGCGCCUUUUUCUGUGAAGUACAGUGUCGUUACAUAAAUUGAGACUUAACAACGGUCUCUGUGAAGUACAGUGUCGUUAUAUAAACAGAGACUUAACACUUGUCUCUGUGAAGUACAGUGUCGUUAUAUAAAUGGAGACUUAACACCUGUUUCUGUGAAUACAAUGUCGUUACAUAAACGGAGACUUAACACCAGUGUCUGUGAAAUGUGGUGUCGUUAUAUCAUGGUUGUAGACUGAACAUGAAGCAAGUAGGUUACAGUGGUAUACCAAACAAAUGUUGAGGAAUGGGGUAUUGUGACCCCAGACAAAGAAAGAUUUUAAGCCUAUCAGUGAAGUUGGCAUUGAAAUGUUUGCUGGAACAACAGUGAAUGCUCCAUCGUUUUUUUUUAUACAGUUUAAUUUUUUUUUUAAAGAUCAUAUUUUUUAACGAUGUGUACAUACAUGUAUAUUGAAAACCAAAUAUCAUUGUCUUAAAAUGUUAGAGACAACAAAGGCUUCCGUUUUGAAUAUUGGGAUAUAUCUCAUAUACAGUACAUAGAGUGUACAUUUACAACAAAUUAUAGAGUGUACAUGUACAACAAACUUACAGAGUGUGCAUGUACAACAAACUGUAUAUGUACAACAAACCUGUAGGAUGUACAUGUACAACAAACAUAGAGUGUAUGUGUACAACAAACUUAUAGAGUGUAUGUGUACAACAAACCUUUAGAAUGUACAUAUGUACAACAAACCUUUAGGAUGUACAUGUACAACAAACUUAUAGUGUAUGUGUACAACAAACCAUAAGUAUGUACAUGUACAACAAAUGUCAAUGAUUUGUGUUCCUCAUUUCUGUGAAUAAUUGUAUAUAGAGCCAACACUGACAGACUGGCAGUGAACAAAAAUCAUGUACCAUAGAUGAGCUUUUUUUAUUGUUUACAACAAUUCAAACUUCUUUAAAUGUAUGCAAGUGAAAAUGAAAAGUGCUGACUUGUGGGGCUAUGUUGUAAAUGGAAGAGAAAAUGUUGUAGAUGCAAUACCAAAAUAAAACUUGAAAGAAAU